CCCUAUGCCGGCGCAGCGCAGGCCGCACACUGCAGAGCGCAGCGGGCGGCGCGUCCUUUCCCUGCUGCUGCGUGGCUGGGCGGACCGGGAAAUGCGGGCGGCUCCCUCCUGCCGCUGCCCGGCCUCUUGGCCCUGGCUGCUCGGGAUUUGCUGUGCCGGGAUCCUGCUGGCUUCGGGGGCCGCUGGAGCCGGGCCGAGAGGGCCGGUCCCUCCGCCCAGAGAUGGCAUGAAUGUUCUUUUCAUAGUAGCGGAUGAUCUGCGUCCCACUUUGGGCUGUUACGGAGACAGCCUUGUAAAAUCUCCAAACAUUGACCAGCUUGCAUCUCGAAGCAUUGUGUUCCAGAAUGCCUAUGCUCAACAAGCUGUGUGUGCUCCAAGCAGAGUGUCAUUUCUAACUGGACGCAGGCCCGACACCACACGGCUUUAUGAUUUCCACUCCUACUGGAGAGUACAUGCAGGAAACUAUUCCACAAUACCCCAGUACUUCAAGGAGAAUGGCUACACGACCAUGUCCAUAGGAAAAGUGUUUCACCCUGGGAUUUCAUCCAAUCAUAGUGAUGACUAUCCGUACAGUUGGUCCAUGCCACCUUUUCAUCCCUCUGCUGAAAAAUAUGAAAACAGUAAGACUUGUAAAGGAAAAGAUGGAGAGCUUCAUGCCAACUUGGUUUGCCCAGUUGAUGUGGCAGAAGUGCCCUUGGGUACCUUGCCAGAUAUGCAGAGCACCGAAGAGGCCAAACGCUUAUUGAACAUCAUGAAAACAAAGAACCGUAAAUUCUUCUUGGCUGUCGGUUAUCACAAACCACACAUCCCGCUGAGGUAUCCUAAGGAAUUUCUCAAGCUGUACCCACUGGAAAACAUCACACUAGCCCCAGACCCUCGGGUACCUGAAGAACUGCCUGCUGUCGCAUACAACCCCUGGACGGAUAUCCGACAAAGGGAGGACGUCCAGGCGUUAAACAUCAGCUUCCCUUAUGGACCAAUUCCAGAAGAAUUCCAGCGGCAGAUUCGUCAGAGCUAUUUUGCAGCAGUUUCUUACCUGGAUACACAGGUUGGCCUGCUGCUGAAUGCCUUGGAUGAUGCUGGGCUCUCGAAUAACACAAUUGUGAUGUUUACUGCUGACCAUGGAUGGUCUCUGGGUGAACACGGAGAAUGGGCAAAAUACAGCAAUUUUGAUGUCGCUACCCGAGUGCCACUGAUGUUCUAUGUACCAGGGAAGACGUCUUCCUUUGCUCAUCCAGGAGAAAGAGUCUUCCCCUACCUUGACCCCUUCACGCAUGUAUCGGACUCUGUAGUUGCAGGAAAAGCCAAAAAAAUGGUUGAGCUUGUAUCUCUCUUCUCAACGCUCGCUGAACUUGCAGGCCUGUGGGUUCCUCCAGUGUGCCCUGAGCCUUCAUUUCAUGUUGCGCUCUGCACCCAGGGGCCUAGUAUUGUCCAGCAUUUUAACUCCAAUGAAGAGGAGGAUGAUUAUGACACUGACUAUGACCAUGACUAUGACAUUGAAGAUGACCAUGAGGAGCCUAUAGCUUUCAGCCAGUAUCCACGACCUGCAGACACUCCUCAGUGGGACUCUGAUAAACCAGAGCUGAAAGACAUAAAAAUAAUGGGGUAUUCCAUGCGUACCGUUGACUAUCGCUAUACUGUGUGGGUUGGGUUUAAUCCCAGUAACUUUAGUGCUAAUUUGCAGGAUGUCCAUGCAGGAGAGCUAUACAUGGUAGGAAGUGAUCCCAAUGAGGAUCAUAACAUAUAUAAUAGUAGUCUGCAUGGGAACCUUGUCAAAAAGUUUCUUAGGUUCUUGAGGCGUUAGGUCUGGGGAUGCUCCCUGUGCGUGCACUCUUGCUGCUGAAGUAAUAUGACACUUUCCUUUUUGUAUAAACUUUGUGUUGUACACAAAGCAACUGGCUGAAUUAAAAUCCUGUUCAUACAAAAAUAGUAGCUGUUGGUUUCGUCUUGUUACAGUGCACGGGGGGCUUUAGCCUGACAGAUUUCAGAUUAGUUGGAGCAAGAAAUAACUUCCAUGUGCGUGCUUCUUAAAGGGCUGUGCAAAGGUGGACAAGUAUAUACUCAGGUAGAUACUGGCAUGGUCCCUAACAUUGCAGUAUCUGGUAGCUUCCCCAGUGAAAAUGAAAAGUGUACUCCCUCUGCCAGAUGGGAUAGCUUGAAAGGUAGCAGAGUGUAUAACUUGCUUGUGUAUGUGCAAGUCUGCGCAGAGCAUAUCAUGUAAAACCUAAGUCAAAAAUGGGUUUUGUAAGCAGUGUCCUCUUAAGUAAAAUGGGGAGACUAAAGUGUAGAUGUGACGGGGUGUGCCAGGCCCUUGGAGACACCCUGCUGGAAGCCUUGUGAUCCUUCCACACCCCACCCCAGAAAAGGAGCAGUGCAGGUGGGUCCUCCAGGCCUGCCUAGAAAGGCUGCAGUGAAGUGGCCAAUCAGUGCAGCAGGCCUAAUUAAAAGGAGCUACAGGGCAGUUGCUGGCUGGGACCAGAAGGUGUAGGACACGGGUACUCUUCAGGCAAGGAGGCCCGUUAGAGACCCUAUGCAAACAGGGAACCUGUCAACUGUAACCAUAAGGUAACAGGUGAAGAGGAUGGGACUGAAUGGGAAGCUGCCCAGGGAAUGUAGCAGCAGCAGAUAUUAAAGAAAGCAGCAGGUGGCUGCUACUUGUAGGGUCCCUGGGUUGGAACCCGGAGUAGUGGUCAGGCCCGGGCUCCCCCACCAGCCGCUUGCGAAGUGGCCAAAGCCGCUAAGGAAGGGGACAAGUUUUGUUUUGGAGCCCAGAAAAGGGGUUAGAGUUUAAACAAGCCCAGAGACUGGGUGGAAGACCCCAGAGAAGACCAACAUUUGUUGGACUGUGUUAUCCCGGCAGGAGUUCCUUCAAAUGUUUACACUGUGCAUGCCUUAGCUGGAGGUCUGAACCACUGAAGACCCACUUGAUGAGGACAGCUGCCUAUGGGGGGCACCAGGAGCAGAGAAAGUGAGAGGGCAGGUUUGCGCAACACCCCUGAUGGGGUGCUUAUGGGAAGUGAGUGUGCACCAUCAUAACAGAGGUUAAGUGACUUACCCAAGGACAUAGUGGCAGUUGGGAGUUAUGGGUUCUGAUCCCAUCAACCUUAGUGCUAACGUUUGACAUGGUAAUUCCCUAGAACUAAAAGGGGCAGUCAAGCAUAUUUCACUCCAGUUUAGCGUUUUUUUUUAAAUAAACCUUUAAUUUGCCUCUGUUAGCUAUUUGAAUUUCAAAAUGUCUCCUUUUGAAAAAAGUUCCUGACACGUUUUAAUAUAAUCUGACU